CACAGGAUUGUGACUCAGGUAGUUGGGACCCGGGUAGACGUGCCAGUGUGAAAGGAGCGCUAAAUGAUUUUAUACCGCUACAGCAGACACCCCAGUAUCCCCCUGACACAUCCUCUCCAGCAUCUCACAUAAUGAACCUUUAAUGUAUUCUGAAAGUGGUAAGAGAUAUGCAGACUGCACAAGACUGAACUGACACUGAAUCAUUUGUGUAAAGCAUGGUUAUUGUUAUCAAGAGUCUGUGAAACUACGUGCUAUUGCGAUAUUCAGCAUACUAAUGAUUUCAGUCCUACUACUGAAUCAGUUACGCUGCAGUAAGGUUGCUUGUUUUUAAUACUUCCUAGAGCGUUAAAUGCCCCUGCCCCAGUCAUUUGAAGGUAGGUAACAUUUUGGGGGAGCACUGCUUGUGUGAGACAAGUUUCUUUAUAAAAUAAUUUUCAUACACAGUACCGACACAAAUAAUGACUAGGGGUUGGGAUAUUUGUUUUCCUUACUCAGACCCCUUAGUGAAUAACUUGGUGUCUCUGAAUAGAUAAUGGUCACCAUUUAAAAAAAAUAUUCAAAAUAUUUUAAGGAGCACUCUUUACCACUUAUAAUGGUACCCACAAUUAUAAUUAAAAGGGGGAGAUGAAAUGUUCAGGGAUACCGUGAUAUUUAGUACUGCGUAAUUAAGGAGUCUGUAAGUAACUGUUCUGCUUCAAGGCUGGUGAAACCAUAAUUUGUUAUAAGUGUCAGUGUACAGAGCAUGUGUUUGGAACUGGUCUUGAAUUCUGCAUAUGUAUCUUUAUAGUUUAAAAUAUAUUUUUUAAUAGCAUUAGUCCAUAAGUACUUGUCGUAGUAUUUUUGUGAGUCAUACCCCCCUAAUGAUGAUCGUACUUUUGCAGACCAUAUCGUACUGCUUCCAAUAACACUCAGAAAAACUACUCAUCCAGUACUCGCAGUGCUGCCAUCAUAGCCUCCUGUUCUGCCUGCCUUACAGCAGCCAGCUCCUCUUCCCUGGACUGUGUUGCACUGCCCUGCUUAUCUCUGUCAUGCAAUGUGAGAUUCCUGCCCUUCUGCCAACACCCUACUUGGGCUAUUAGAUGUCCCUGGGGACAGCACAGAGAGGCUGGUUAGUUUAAAGUAAUCUUAGGUGCACAGUUAGUCGCAAUUCACACUGUACUGCUAAGGACUAUGAUUUAUCCUCAAAACAACAGUCUGAUAAUCCAUAUAUUUGGUUUACUCUAAACUGCCAGAACUGACCACUCACCAGCAGUGGUGAGGUUUUGAGUGAGAUUUCCUGAAAUUGCCAUGUUGGCAGGUAAACAUAUACAUUCCCCAGCAUAUUUUUGCUUCAAUCGAUUUUGUGUGUGCUGCGCCAGAAUGGCCUCGUUCUGUUGGAGAAUGGUGAUUUUUUUUUUUUUUUUAAAUGGCAAAUUAAACUAGUCGAGCUACAAACUUUUGACGAUCACUAGGCUGGAACAAAAGUGUCACUGUGUUAGUGUACCAAUGAGCAGUCUCGCUCUGUACCCCGGGAUCUACUUGUUCAAAAAGAUUGCUCACGCGACCACGGUGGUUAUAAUCCGAUCGAGUGAAUACAUUCGAAAAUCGUAAGAUUCCCCCAUCCGGAAAUGAAGCUUUAUGCUAAAGAAAGGGCAAUGGCAGGACCAAGACCGGUGGUGCUGAGCGGGCCUUCCGGAGCAGGGAAGAGCACUCUGCUCAAGAGGCUUCUCAGAGAGUACGAAGGGGUGUUUGGCUUCAGUGUCUCACACACGACAAGGAACCCAAGACCUGGAGAAGAGAAUGGCAAGGGCUUGCACUGUCUCCCUUUGUAUCUUGAGGCGACAACAUUAUUGCCCCUAGCAGACGUCCUGCCUCCAGCUAGAGGUGUUUCUUUCCUUACCUUGCUUAAGAGGGAUUUACAGCCAUGUGCAAUUUAGUCCAAAGCUAAAAAUAAAUUAAACCAUACAACUUCCCAUGACAUACUUUGGGGGAUUGUCUCUGAAAGGGUGAAUACUAAAUAAUGUUGCAGAACUGGAAUAAAAUUUAAGUGUAAUGUUUUUUUAAAUUAGUUCUUUAAAUAUACUGUGGGUGUGUGUGUGUAGCUCUGGAAAA